AUGAGCUCCACCGUCACCUCCGCGCCUUUCUCAAGGGCUGUGGUCAAUGCCAUGCGCAAGCUCUACCCCGAGGCGCUGGCCGACAAGAGUUGGGACAACACCGGGUUGCUCCUUGAGGCGCCCUUCGACCCGCUCAGACGCAACAAGAACUCGGUCCUCCUCGCCGUCGAUUUGACCCGCGCCGUUGCGGACGAGGCCAUUGAGCGGAACGCGUCCAUAGUCGUGGCCUACCAUCCAAUCAUCUUUAGAGGCCUCAAGUCGUUGACUCUCGCCAACAGCCAGCAGCAGUCCUUGCUUCGGUUGGCCGCAAAGGGCAUUAGCGUCUACUGCCCCCACACAGCCGUGGAUGCCGCGCCCGGUGGCCUGGGCGACUGGCUUGCAGAUGUCGCGACUGGGAGCCUGGUCGACGCUUCGGAGCAGUCCUCGCUCAAGAGCGCCCAACCUUCACCUCUACCGGCAGGAUCGUCCGAGCAGGCCGACCCUUUUGUGGAUAAGAGGCCGCUGUACAUGCUGCGGCACCACCCUUCACAGAGCGGAAGCUCUCUGAGCAUCAAAGACCUAAGACUUGGAAAGACGGCGCACACCCGCCAGGUGAUCACCCCUGUGACUGGCGUUCCGGGAGUCGAGGGCGCCGGCAUGGGCCGCAUUGUGCGUUUCGAGACGCCUCAGACACUGACUUCCAUCAUCGAGCGCAUCGGCCAAGGUUUGGGCGACCCCAAAGGAUUCCCCAUCGCCAUUCCUCAGGGCAGCUCUGUCAACGACAUCAAGGUGUCGAGCAUAGGCAUCUGCGCCGGUAGCGGUGGCUCGCUGUUCUCAGGCAUCGAUGUGGAUCUGCUCUUCACAGGCGAGCUUUCUCACCACGAGGCGCUCGCUGCCAUCGAGAAGGGCCAGGUCGUCAUCACUCUGUUCCACUCAAACACCGAGAGGGGCUUCCUGCACAGCGUCAUGAAGGACCAACUGCUGGAGAUGAUCCGGGACGAGUGGGAUUAUCUCAGGGCGGAAGAGAAAGGGAAGCCAGGCUUGGACGACAAGGAGAUUGAGGCCCUAGACGACGAGUCGAUUACGGUGGAAGUGAGCGAAAGGGACAGGGAUCCCUACGGAAUCAUCAUUGCGCAGGAGUAG